UUGGCUGCGCUUCUAUGAGCGGCAACCAGCUGCAGUGCAUGUGUAAUCUAUGCGUUUCGUUUGAUUGAUUCAUUUGUGGGAUGCUUCAUUCUGUGUAGAGACAAUGAGCUGAUUUCGUCUAGAGAGGGAAAACGCUAAAAGGUUGAGAAAUUAAUUGAUUUAUGAACAGAAAAAGGUCGGUACUAACCAUUCUUUCUUGUCCCGUGGAGGAUUUCGUACCAAUCCCGCGCUAAAGGCGCGAAAUUAUUCCGGUCACGUCGCGCGCUGAAAGCGGGCUGUCCUGGAGCUUUGGUGCUCUGUGCACGCGAGAGAUAGCGCAGCGCGCGGACACCUGCAGUAUAAUGUAGCGGGAAUUCCCCUCCUAAACCGGCGUAAGGAGAAUUUCCGUGAACUGCACACCACUCAAUCACCCUCACCGGGGUCCCGUCACAGCCAAGAGAAAGGGAGAGGGCGGGAAAUGGGCUGGCGUGGCCAUUGCUAUGCGUGAGCGAGUGCCGCGGUGUCCAUGGAGACCAAGGGCUACAGCAACCUUCUGGAGACUAGCGAUGGGCAGGGGACGGGGCUUCUGGAGGGUGGAGACUCGCCGGGGGCUGAGGAGGGUUGGAGCCCCCCCUUACCCCUGGGCUUUCAGGUGUCCCUCACCAGUGUGCUGAUGCUGGAGUUGGUGCUGGGAUUCAGCAGCAACCUGACCGUGCUGGUGCUCUACUGCGCCCAGUCCAACCUGGUCGACUCGGUCAGCAACAUGGUCACGGUCAGCCUGCACGUGCUGGACAUCCUGGUGUGUUUGCUGUGUCUGCCGCUGACUGUGGCGGUCAUCCUGCUCCCAGCAGACGGUAGUGGCGGGGGCAGCCUGGCUACACUGUGCUGCUUCCAUGAGGCCUGCGUCACCUUCACCAGUGUGGCCACGGCCAUUAAUGUGCUGGUCAUCAGCCUAGACCGCUACGACAUCUCCGUCCGGCCAGCCACACGGCUGUUGACCCCGCGGCGAGCUGCACUCCUCCUGGCCGCUGUCUGGGCCAUGUCAUUGGCCGUCUUCUUCCUGCCCUUCCUGGAGGGGGAUUUCUUCUUCUCAGGGGUGGAGGUGGAAGACAGCGAGGGAGGAAGAGGAGGGGGGGAGAUGGACAUGGGGGAUCUAACCUCUGGCUCAGAAUCUGACCCUGAGACCCCUACUGGGCUGACCCCCACUCGGCUAAACCCUACUGGGCUGACCCUCACACCCUCCUCCCCCUCUACUCCCUACUAUACUCACCACCUGCCGCCAGUGUGGCAGAACCGGACACUGCUGUGUGUAGGGGGGCAGGGCUACCACACGGGGCUGGCCAUGUACUACCACCUUCUGCUGCAAGUGCCCUGCUUCUUCAUCGCAGUCAUUGUUAUGCUGUUCACAUACUACCGCAUCCUGCAGGCCCUCAACAUCCGCAUCGGCACCCACAUCAAGAGGGGCCCACGGGCCUCCAAUAAGGACUCAGGCUGUAGGAUCCGCAGGCGGAGACGAAGGAGGAAGGGGCUGAGUCUGGCCACAGAGGGGGGAGGUUCCUCCAGCCAGAACCAGCACCUCACCCACCCGCCCCUCAUUCCAUCUCCCACCCCCACUCCCACCUCCCCCCCACCCUUCUCCUCUAUGCCCCUGGUCAUCUCUGACAGUGGGGCCACGGGGGUCACCAACACCGCCGCCACCACCCCCAUUGCCACCACACCAGCGACCCCUGCCCCCCAGGCCCCAACCUCCGCUGACGCCACCUCCCCCCCUCCGGUGGCAGCAGACCGCCCAGGUGUCCAGGCCUCUGUGUCAGCCAUCAUCGCCUUGAGGCGGGCCGUGAGGCGUCACCGAGACCGGCGGGAACGCCAGCGGAGAGUCUUCAAGAUGUCCCUUAUCAUAAUCUCCACCUUCCUGGGCUGCUGGGCUCCUCUGUCCAUGGUCAACGUGUUGAUCCUGUGCAUGGGCCCCAGUGACAGCCUGGUACGUGUGAGGCUCUGCUUCCUGGCCAUGGCAUAUGGCACCACCAUCUUCCACCCGCUGCUCUAUGCCUUCACCAGACAGAAGCUGCGUAAAGCGCUGAAGACCCGUGUCAAGAAGAGGGUGGUGUCCCUGCUGCAGGUGGACCCAGCACCCAGCGGGGGAACUGUUAUUCACAACUCCUGGGUGGAGGGGGGAGGACAGAGGAAGGGACGCAAGCCUCGACUGGAGGGCAGUGAUGCCACCAGUAACUGUCUGACAGUGGCUGUGAGAGAAUGAUAGGUUGUGUGUCAAUGUGUAUGUGUGUGUGUUUGUCUGUGUUUGUGUGUGUGUCUGUUUGUGUGUGUGUGUGUCUGUGUGUGUGUGUAUGCGUACAUGUGAUAGUUGACAAAGGUCAGGAGACAUCAUUUGCUCCUCCCUCCAUCCAGGUGUGAUGAUGGCAGGUGAGCCCAGAGCUCUAAUUAAUGUCAGAACUGCUCUGUGAUAUACACAGCUCCUCAUUAGUCCCCCAGGCAAGAUGCCUGCUCCGUCUCCAUGGCAACACCAAGCUACCAAGCAAUAUGUGACAUCACCUGCUCCGCCACAACCUUAGUUACUUUAGAUACAUUCCAGUACAGGUAAACAGCAACAAUCCACACAAUCCAUACAUGCAGGCACAUUGAUCAACCUGUAGUCGUUCAUGGAGCAAGUAAGCACACAAUAUCUGCCUGCACACAGAACUCAGUGAGAGUCAAUAUCUAGUGACAUUUUAUCAUUUGAUUAGUCAUGCCUUAAUUCAGUUCCUAAUUGAUUCCCAUGGUUCUGAAUAUUUUACUGUAUGUGUAUUGUGUUUACAAGAAUGGUGUGUGUGUGUGUGUGUGUGUGAUCAUGUGAUCAUGUGCAAUAAAGCUUCAACAGUGGCUGAGCCUCCCCAGAGAGGAAAAGGCAAAGCGAGAAAAAUCUGUUCACGAAAAUAAGACUACGAAGUGAGGAAUUUUUGUAUUGAGGGCAAUGAGUGUCAAAUUUGGUCAACAAAAAAUGUUAUUGCUAAUUUGCUACAUGAGGCUUAUUUGAUCGUAUUAAAGUUUCGUAGUGGUUAGGUUGUUAAGAAUUCACUGAUAUAAGUGGACGCACGUGGCAUCUUGGCACGUGAGAGCAGUUACUCGACUAUCUUAUCAAUAUAAUAGAUCAUCUUCGACCUCCCUGAGGAUGUGAACAAAGCAUUGUGGGAUUGUUCUCAUGCUUGUUCUCAUGGGUUAGACUACAGAAGAGGGAAGGACUUCAUCUGUUGAUUGACUGCAAUACCCUGUUGCCAUGGCGAUAUGGGUGGAGCACCUGACAUGAUACCUGCGAAGAUAACCUCCAAACCAUGUAGAACUGUAACCAUGUGAUUAGAACAUGGUGUUCAUUUACUAGUGAAACAUCCAUUUUAUAGAGGACUUUUAGGAAUCAAAGGGCAAUAUUUGGUAACCCUCACAACUGUUUAUCAAUGGGACAAGUCAACAGAGUGGAACACCGCUGUGAACCACCCCAGGCCCCAAAGAUAAACAGGUCCUGGAGCAGCUCUUGAGGGUUGUUUUCUCUCUGUGUCUCCCUCCUCCUCAGGGAUUUAUAUCAAUCUCCCUCUGAAGCAUGUUGAACAUCAGUUACACCCUUGCACCAGCCCUCAUUCACUUAUUCUGAUAGGUAUUAGCUUAGUUCUUGCCAUGCGGGUAGGCUACAUAUGAUCAACAGUUUGGGUAGACUAUGUAUGGCUCUCAAGUGUGAAGGAGUUUUUUCAGGCUUGUUUGUUGGGUACUAUAAUAUAGGUCAUUUUUCUCUCCCGUUGUUCCCUCUUUCUUCACUUUGGAGCCAGACGGAAGGAAUGGAUUCCUGUGUAUUUAUAUAUAUGUACAUGAUCAGGGAUGUAAAUACUCUAAUAUCUAGCUCUUAGGGGUUUGAGUGGUUGGAGUGUUUUGGGUUGCAGAAGUCAUCUGUUGACCAUAAUAUCAGCCGUGGUAAGUGAGAGGGCGAGAAGACACGUGGAAGAGAUCAAACAUCUAAAUGUAUUGUGUUUCUGUAUAUGUGUACUGUACAUGGUCAUGUAUAUAGAUAUAUGAUAGUAUUGUAUAUAAUUUAUAUUGUGUUAUUGUAUUGUAUUUCUUAUUAGAAAAGAACAAAGUCUGUAUUAAAGAAAUUGACUAUUUACUGUA